AUUUUGAAUCAAACAUUUCCGCCAUUGAAGAGACCUUUUAAGUUGUUGUUUUUUCAAGAUUUUCGGUUUUUCAGACACCCUUUACAAUUUUCUCUCAUGGAUGACAUUCAAUUUAACCCUUUUGAGCAAAACCCAGAAACCCCUUUUCCAGAUUUACCCAGUAAUUUUGAAUGGGAAGAAAAACCCUUGCAUCAAGAAACUGCAGUUUCUGCCAUUGACCAAGAUGAAAAUUUUCAAUUUUUAGCCGAUUCGAUGGUCUGUGACUCAGGUUCAAGACUAAUCCCAAGUGGGUUUACUAGAUCCAGCUGUACAGAGGACCUUGUGCUUUUUGUUAAUGCUGGAUCGGAGACGUCAGUGGAGUUGGAUUCCAGUCUGAGCUUUCUGGCUGAUAAUUUUUACCAAGGUGGAGAACCAUUUCAAACGGAGGAGUUCAUUACAGAGGGAGGUGAACAUGCUUUCAUUUACCAGUCAGCAAGAUUAGGAAACUUCUGUUAUCAGAUUGACAAUCUUACACCAGGAAAUUACUUUAUUGAUCUUCAUUUUGUCGAGAUAAUAAAUGUAAAUGGGCCUAAAGGAAUGCGAGUGUUCAAUGUCUUUCUACAAGAUGAGAAGGUUCUGUCUGAUUUUGACAUCUUCUCUGUUGUUGGAGCCAAUAAACCGCUACAAUUUGUUGACUCAAGGGUUUCCAUCAAAGAGAAUGGGAUACUUUUGAUAAAAUUUGAAGGAAUUAUUGGCAGUCCCGUGGUUAGUGGAAUUUGCAUAAGAAAAGCUCCAAAAGCAUCAGCUUCUCAAGCAGAACAUGAUCGUCUUACAUGCAAAAACUGUGCAACCGAGAUAGAUUUUCCAUCAGCACAGAAAAAAGUGGCACGAUUGCAGUCAACAGCCAAGUAUGAGAAUAAGAUACAGGAGCUUGGUGAAUUGUUGAAGCGCAAGACAGAUGAAUGUUAUCAAUCUUGGAUGUCUUAUACUGCAGCUAACCAGCAACUAGAGAAGGUUAGGAUGGAGCUGGACAAUAAGACAUUUCAUACCUACUCACUUGAUCAGAAAUUCGAGGAGCAAGCUAAGACUAUUACAGAAAUCUCAACCAAGUACGAGCGCGACAAGAACUAUUGGCACAUGGCGAUCAAUGAUCUCGAGAUGAAAGUAAAGAUAAUGAAGCAGGAGCACUCCCAGCUCUCUCGCGAUGCGCACGAGUGUACAGAUUCAAUCCCUGAUCUGAAUAAAAUGGUCUCGGCAGUUCAGUCACUGGUUGAGCAAUAUGAAGAUCUUAAGAUGAAGUACAACGACGAGCAAGCUAAGAGAAGAAAGCUCUUCAAUGAAGUUCAAGAGGCAAAAGGGAAUAUCAGAGUAUUUUGCCGCUGCCGUCCAUUAAGCAAAGCUGAAGUCUCAGAUGGAUGCUCAACGGUCAUAGACUUUGAUGUCGCCAAGGAUGGAGAACUUGGAAUCUUAAAUGGCAGCUCCACGAAAAAGACAUUUAAAUUUGACCGUGUCUACACACCCAGAGAUGAUCAAGGUGAUGUCUAUGCCGAUGCUUCACCAAUGGUCAUUUCAGUUUUAGAUGGUUACAACGUAUGUAUCUUUGCUUAUGGACAAACGGGAACGGGCAAAACGUUCACCAUGGAGGGUACAAAAGGAAACAGAGGAGUCAACUAUCGGACUCUUGAAGAAUUGUUUAAAAUUGCGAAGGAGAGGAAUGAAACUUUCACCUAUGACAUAUCAGUCAGUGUGCUUGAAGUCUACAAUGAACAGAUCAGGGACCUAUUAGCUCCACCGACAACAUCAAAAAAGUUGGAGAUAAAACAAGCUCCGGAAGGGCUUCAUCACAUUCCAGGACUUGUGGAAGCCAAAGUAGAAAAUAUAGAAGAAGUCUGGAAUGUGCUGCAGACUGGAAGUAGUGCACGGGCUGUUGGAUCCAACAAUGUGAAUGAGCACAGUAGCCGUUCUCACUGCAUGCUUUGUAUUAUGGUAACAGCCAAGAACUUGAUCGACGGUGAAUGCACAAAGAGCAAGCUUUGGCUUGUGGAUUUAGCUGGUAGUGAGAGGCUUGCAAAGACUGAUGUCCAAGGUGAGAGACUGAAGGAAGCUCAAAAUAUCAAUAGGUCACUUUCCGCUCUAGGAGAUGUGAUAUCAGCUUUAGCAAAUAGAAGCAGUCAUAUUCCAUACAGAAACUCCAAGUUGACACAUCUACUCCAAGAUUCAUUAGGUGGGGAUUCAAAAGCAUUGAUGUUUGUACAGAUCAGCCCGUCUGAUAAGGACUUAAGUGAAACUAUAAGUUCAUUGAACUUUGCUACAAGAGUUAGAGGAGUUGAGUUAGGUCCUGUAAGAAAACAAGUUGAUACCGGCGAGAUCCAAAAGUUGAAAACCAUGCUUGACAAGGCGAAGCAGGAAACUAAAUCUAAAGAUGAAUCCUUGAAGAAACUUGAGGAAAGCCUACAGAACUUAGAGAGUAAGGCUAAAGGGAAGGAACAAGUUAACAAAACUCAACAGGAUAAGAUUAAGGAACUGGAAAGCCAGCUCAAUUUAAAGACAUCAUUACAUAGCCAAUCGGAAAAACAACUUUCACAGCUUUCAGAGAGGUUGAAGGGACGUGAAGAAACUUGUGCUACUCUUCAACAGAAGAUCUCAGAGCUAGAGAACAAGAUGAGACAGCAGCAGCAAUUUGAGUCUGAAAGCUUCAACAAUAAGGUCAAGGAUCUCGAGGACAAGCUAAAAGAGCAAGAGCAAGAGUUUGUGUCUCAGUCUGACAUCCUUCAACAUAAGGUUGAAGAGCUUGAGGAAACGCUGAAAGCAAAAGAACAGAACGCACAGGAGUGCGUUCUACUCCGUCAGAAGAUUAAGGAACUUGAAGACAAGAUCAAGGAGCAAGAACAACAGUUGGCACGCAUGGUUGCAGAUUCUGAUGCCACCAAGUCUUCAAGAUCAAGCCCACUUGAAAGCAGCAAAUGUUCUAGCAGAGACGAAUUAACAAGUGACAUCGAGCAACGUAUUUUGAAGAGCUCAAAUGCUAUCAACCGUCAGGCAAGUCAGGGGUCUAAUUUGCUGAAGGGAAAGGACACCGUCCAACAAGUUAGACGAAAGCGUUUGUCAACUAAUAGUGAAGCAGAGAACAACGGUGUUUUACCAACUUCGAUACAUGACAGGACUGAACAGGAUUACCUUCAAGAGGCCAGAAGAAAACGCUUGUCUAGAAAUGGUGAAGUAGAGAAAAACGUUACUCCUGCCAUAUCAGCUAACGAUAGAAGGACCAGGCAAUCUGAUCCCCCUAGACCAGUUACAAGAGGAAUGAAGCCAACUACCACAACUGCCACCAAUGCUCAAAGGCCAUUGAUUCGUAACAAAACGAGCAGAGAGACCACCGUUCAGGCAGUUAAAGAGAGAGACGCCAAGAAAAGGAUGUGGACAAGAUAG